AUGGCUCCGUUUCUAUUCCCAGGGCAUAAGUAUUUGGGACCAGGCAACGAAAUUAAUGGCGAAGAACCUAUUGAUGAAGACGAUCGCAUUGCCUUAAUUCAUGAUAUUUCUUAUUUAGAAAGUCAUAGUGAUCAAGAAAUUCGCGACGCAGAUUUAAUAGCGAUACAAGAUUUCAUAGAAGACAUUCAAGAAACUGGCAAUUGGCAUUCUGCUGUUGGAGCUUUAGAAAUGCCUUCUAGUACUACGAAAAGACCUACUCAUGCUGGAAAUAAGAGGUAUGCAGAUCAAGUAAGGCAAAUAAGUGAAAUAUAUAAAAAGAGGAAGCAGGAAGGUCAAAACAUUAAUUGGCCCGAUUUUAUUAAAGAAUUUCAUCGUACUAGUUCAAAGGGGCCACAAGCUGGACCCUCACAUACAAGUACCAGUACCACCAACAGACCCGCCAGUCCCGUUGCAGAUAGAAAUCAAGUGGUUCCCGAUAAUUUUUGGAAUCUGGAUAUGGAUAAUUUUGAUGAAACUAUGUUGGAAGUACCUAGUAAUAUACAAACGGUACAAUCGAAUUCAACAGGCAGAGACAUUGGAAGUAGGUCAGGAGGCAACUUCAUACGAUUAUAUAAGUCUCCCAUGAACAAAAGUUAUGAAAUUACAUUUGAAAAAUCAUUUGUUUGGUAUUCGUAUGGUUAUAAUUUUGAAAUUUUGAACAUUGCUAAAGAGUCUAUCAAUUAUCGUACUACUCCGUUCGCUUUAAUACCAGUGGAUUACAUUCCUUCUUAUUUAACGUAUUGUGGGUACUCAAAUUUACCUAAUAAUUCUUUUGUUAAACAUGUACAUUGUUCAGUAAAAAUACUAGGAGUUCGCACAGCAUUCGAUACUGGUACUUCACUUAGUGGAGUAGCCAAUUCAGAACAUGUUUCUUUAUGUGCUUCAAUGAUAGGAUUGAAUAAAGUUUGUUCUUUAAGCAAUUGUUCGUAUAAAGCAGAUGCUACGAAACCAAUGAUACCUACGGACGUAGAAGAUUGGAGUGAUAAUAAUUAUGUAAAGAAAUUAUACACAGACGCUGCAAGUGGUAUUAUGGGUGCUCCUAGAUCUGUAAAUGCAUAUGCUUGUAUACAUGAAAAUUACAGUAAAGCUCCUACAAAUACUCCAACCUAUCCUGUACACGCUAAUGGUCCUCCAUUUAUUGAAAAAUUAAUGAACAGAUAUCACGUAGGUUCUCAUGUGGGUCAAACUAUUGUUGAAUAUAAUUACACUCCUGAAUACGCUCCUAUCAAUUUAACUCCAUCUUUAGAUUUACCAAUUGGACCAGAAACUGAUACUCUUGACAAUACCAGCGUAUUUACUCAAUCUCGAGGAGUUCAACAAAAAAAAGAUGGAUUAUGUGGUAUUGGUGGCGCUUCAAAACCGUUUGACGGAGAGGCAAGCACCAAUGUAUAUCAAACUACAAAAACUUACGAAUACAAACAAUGCAUUGAAAAGCCAUAUGUUUUCCAUCCACAUAAACAUAAAGUCCAACCAGCUCAACCUCAACUGCAUGUUGGAUUAUUACCAACACCAAAGUUAAAUCCCUCAGUGGAAGGAAGUGACAUUCAAAAUUCUAGUAUUUACUAUGAAGUAACAUUUAAAAUGAAAGUAGAAGCAAAUCACAAUGGCUUAUAUGCUGAUUCAACUCAAAUUCAUAGCAAACCAUCUGAAAUUGUAUUCCACAAUUCUAGACGAAUGCCGUAUAAUGGAGGUGGUCGUACAAUGUUAGGUUACUGGGAUGUGGGACUUUAA